UGCAGCCCGCAGUAGUCAGGAGUCUGCCAAAGCCAAGACCCAGAAGGAGAUGAUUAAACUGCUGAAAGAGCUGAAGCUGCACCUGCCCGCCGACAAGAGGCACAAGAGCAAGUCGUCCACGUUGAACACCAUCAAGUACGCACUGCGCUGUGUCAAACAAGUGCAAGCCAAUGAGGAAUACCACCAGCUGCUGAUGACCAACGACAGUCAACCUUCAGGCCUGGAUGUGUCUUCUUAUACCAUCGAGGAGUUAGACAGCAUCACUUCUGAGUACACACUCAAAAACAACGACAUUUUUGCAGUGGCGGUUUCCGUCAUCACGGGACGGAUCGUCUCCAUCUCGGACCAGACCGCCUCCAUCCUCAACUGCAAACGAGAAGUGUUCAAGAACAGCAAGUUCGUGGAGUUCUUGACGCCGCAGGACGUCAGCGUGUUCCACAGCUUCACCACGCCGUACCGGCUGCCCUCCUGGAGCAUGUGCGCCGGAGCAGAGUCGUCGUCGGCGCCCGACUGCAUACAGGAGAAGUCCUUCUUCUGCCGUAUCAGUGGCGGUAAGGAGUGCGAGGGCGACCUGCAGGCCUACUACCCGUUCCGCAUGACGCCCUACCGGAUGAAGGUCCAGGACACAGUGCAGGCGGAGGACCAGUUCUGCUGCCUCCUGCUGGCGGAGAGAGUUCACUGUUAUGAUGCGCCCAGAAUCCCAACAGACCAACGCAUCUUCACCACCACGCACACUCCGAGUUGUCUGUUCCAGGAUGUGGAUGAGCGGGCGGUUCCUCUGCUCGGGUCCCUCCCCCAGGACCUGAUUGGCACAUCGAUCCUCCUCCACCUUCAUCCCAACGACCGACCCAUUAUGUUGGCCAAGACCAAGUCGAAGCGGGCGAAGCAGACCGAGUCCUCGGAUAGCACCGUGUCCCAUCACAGGCAGCACCACGUGCGGCCUCGUCUUCUGAACCACGGCCUGAACCCGACCUCUUGGUCUCGCUCUGACACCUCGCAGUGCACCUUUCCCAUGGCCUACCCCCCCGUGAUGCCGGGCUACCCCCUCCAGGUUUACCCCACAGCCAGUGCCAUAGCGCCACGCGCAGGCGCCACUCUGCAGGGCUUUGGGGACAGUCAGGGCACCCAGGCUCCUCCCUGUGCCCCGCCCAUUCAUCCUGCUCCCUACUCCAGCCCGAUGGUCGCCCCCAUCGUGGCCCUAAUGUUGCCCUUGCCCUACCCUCCGAUGGCCCCUGGGCUGCCUCCUCCACAGCCAGUGUACCACGCAGUGCCCGGUGGCUUCCCCGCCCAACUGCAGCCCUUCGGUCAGGCGGCCUAUCCAGGACCGGUCCCCUUCACGCCGCCUCCUCCCUUCAGUGUUCAGAACCAGUUCAACCCGCAGAACCACUUUGCCCUUCAAGCAGACUACCUGACCCCGUCGUUCUACUUCCCUUCGUCCUUGGAGACCUCGAUGGCCCCCGUGCUGGAGGGCCAGUCGUGCUCCUCUACGCCCCAGUUGGGAGGAGGAGGAGGAGGCGGCGGCCGGCCGUCUCCGCCCCUCUUCCAGUCCCGCUGCAGCACACCCCUCAACCUGCUGGACUUGGAGCUGUCUGUGGACCGACAGGACGGCACAGUGCCCUCUGCUGGAGGACAAGGGAAUAACGCCGCCGAGAGGGAGAAAAGAGCAAAUGGCAACCAGGCCAUGGAGAGGGAGCUGAAGCCGCCGUCCGUCAGCCUCCUUGGUCCACCCGGGUCCUUGUAUUGCGAGGCCUCGCCCCGCGUCUGCGAGCGCUUGUCUUGGGAGAAGGUGUGCUCUCGCCUGAGGGCUCGCAGCAAAGAGUUAAGCACGUCUUCAGAAAAGCGCCAGACUCCUCCUGUCAACGACGCAAACUCUUUGUCCAGCGGCAUGUUGGACAUCAUCCUCCACGAAGACUCCUGCUCAGGCACCUCAGGGUCCAUCGGCUGUGGGACGUCCAACAGCAGGACGUCUAACAGCGGGACGUCAGCCAGCGGGACCUCCGGCAGUGGGACAGGAAGCAACAACAGUAUUAACUACUUUGGCAGCGUGGACUCCGGCCAAAACAGCAAGAAGGUCAAAGGUCACUUGAGCGGCAGCAAGGGAAGGCCCGUGGAGAUGGACCAGAGAGAACACUUACCCCUGCAGGACCCGCUGUGGCUGCUCACCGCCAACACCGACGACAAGGUCAUGAUGACCUAUGAGUUGCCCUCGCGUGACAUCCAAAGAGUGCUCAGAGAGGACCAAGAGCAGCUGAGGCUGCUGCAGAAGAAUCAGCCUCGCUUUUCAGAGGAGCAGAAGAAGGAGCUGAUGCAGGUCCACCCCUGGAUUAAGAAGGGGGGUCUGCCCAAGGCGAUAGACAUCAAGGCUUGCUCCUGUUGUGACGGCGCCUCAGGGGAAGCGUCAGCGGCGGCGGCGGAGGACCAGCGAGACCUGGACAUCGGUGACACGGAGACGGGGGAGGUCAGCUGCCCGCGGCGGCCCAGAGAGGAACCCUCUCACCUUCUCUCAUGAGUGAGACUCCUUUACAGCUGUAGGAUUUGCCCAAAUGACUCACUGGUGUUGCAUUUAGUCACUGAAAGGAAAGUGAAAAGAAAGUGAAAGAGACAUGCGUCCAGCAAAGAGCAGGCACGGACUCAGCAGCCCCAUCCGUCCAACUCCUCGCUCAAGUAAAAUUAGCAAAAAAGACAAAUAAAAUAUCUCUCUCUCGUAGAUGAAGUGAUGAGUGUAUACGUUACUGAUCCUUAGUCAUGAUGGAGGCGGGAACACCUUUGAGACUGCACUGAGAAAAGGACAAUCAAGCUGCAUCUGCCCACCAACCCAUCACGUAGGAUUGUUUCUGAGAACGUAUCGUUACACAUUUCCAUUGUUCGAGCCGCCUGUGCCUAAUGUAGCUGCUGCAGCAGUUUUUCAUUCUUUAUGAAUAUUUCCAUGCAGCAUUUGUAUUGGUACCAGCUGUGAAACUCGCCUCAUUUAAAGAAACUGUUGAUUGAAUGCAUUCC